AUGUCCACUCCAGCAGACCACCAGCCAUCCAAGAAGGCACCAAAGACCCCAGCAGUCCCCAGACCCAGCGCAAGCGUCCUUCUCAUCUCACCCACGAACCAAAUCCUCCUUUUGCACCGCGUGAAAAAGGCCUCCAGCUUCGCAUCCGCGCAUGUCUUCCCCGGCGGCGCCCUCUCCAAAACCCACGAUGGUGUCAUCCCCGAUGUAAACGACCCAGCAAGACACCAAGAUGGACCGGCAUAUCGUAUGGCGGCCGUUCGUGAGACGUUCGAGGAAUGUGGCAUCUUGCUUGCCAAGAGCAAGAAGACGGGUAAACUUCUCACGGGGAUAAGCGACGAAGAGCGCGAACAAGGUAGACGAGAUGUACACGGCGGGAACGUCAGGUUUAGCGAUUUACUCGAGAAAUGGGGUGCGGUGACUGAUACAGAGACUCUUAUCCCCUUUACUCGCUGGGUAACACCCGGUAACGUGCCAAAACGUUUCUCGACGCAAAUGUACAUUUACUUCCUACCUCUUGGUUCUGUAUCACCGACGAAACACGCCGCACCAAAGGGCACGCCGCCGUCUUCUGGACUGGAAGAGGAAGAUGAAAUCGUCAUACCGAACCCGACACAUGAUGGCGGUAUUGAACACACGGCUGCCAGGUUCCUGCCACCAAAUAAAUGGAUUGAUUUGGCGAGGCAGAAUAGGAUUAUUCUUUUUCCGCCACAGUUCUUCUUGACGGGGCUGUUGGCUGGGUAUUUGGCCAAGGGAGUUACGAGUCCUUCCUCGCCAACGCCAAGUCUGUCCGAGUUACAAGCCGAGCGCGAGAAAUGCCUCGAUUUCCUACAGAAACCACGCACAUACGACGGGGAGCCUGAGGUUUCCUUCGCCGAAGCUUGCAUAUCUCCAAUCGUACUAGGAAAAGGCCAGUAUGGACAGAGUGGUCAGGAUGGGGUUGGUGGUGUGGAUAAAGAUACCGCGGUGUUGGUCUUGGAUCGCGCCGGGAAAGAGGUUGAGGAACAAGGGCAGGGGAGAAGGGGAAUUAGAGAGUGGGUUGUUACGACGAGGUUCAAGGGCGAGGGGCCGAGGGAUGUGGAUGUUAGGCGGAGGGAGGAUGUUCUGGGGAAGAAUUUGCAGGGGAAGCUGUGA